CCCUAGCAGAGUGGAUCUGAGAUCAGAACAGGGCCGGUGCAACCACUAGGUGAACUAGGCAGUGGCCUAGGGCGGUAAGUGGUUGGGGGUGCCCAGGGCUGUCCUCUGGCAUAGGCAGCUGGGUAGGGCACCUGAAAAUUUAGGGCACCACUGAGUUUUAGGCCUGGUCUACACUACGAGUUUAGGUCGACUUUAGCAGCGUUAAAUCGAUUUAAGCCUGGACACGUUCACACGACGAAAAGGGCCCUUUAAACCGGUUUCUUUACACAACCUUCGACGAGGGGAUUAGCGAUAAAAUUGGCCUUUGCGGGUCGGAAUUGGGGUAGUGUGGAUGGAAUUCGACGGUAUUGGCCUCCGGGAGCUAUCCCACAGUGCUUCAUUGUGACCGCUCUGGACAGCACUCUCAACUCAGAUGCACUGACCAGGUAGACAGGAAAAGACCCGCGAACGUUUGAAUUUCAUUUCCUGUUUGCCCAGCGUGGAGAGCACAGGUAACCACACAGAGCUCAUCAGCACAGGUAACCGUGAUGGAGUCCCAGGAUCGCAAAAGAGCUCCAGCAUGGACCGAACGGGAGGUACGGGAUCUGCUCGCCAUAUGGGGAGAUGAAUCAGUGCUAGCUGAACUCCAUAGCAGUAAAAGAAAUGGCAAAGUAUUAGAAAAGGUCUCCAAGGCCAUGAAGGACCGAGGCCAUAACAGGGACACACAGCAGUGCCGCGUGAAAAUUAAGGAGCUACGGCAAGCCAACCACAAAGCCAGAGAAGCAAAUAGAAGGUCCGGGGCAGAGCCGCAAACUUGCCGCUUCUACGCGGAGCUGCAUGACAUCCUAGGGGGUGCAGCCACCACUACCCCAACCGUGUGCUAUGACUCUGUCAAGGGAGAAACACACAGGGAAGAGGGUUCGGGGAACGAGGAAGAUGAGGAUGGAGGUAAUGUAGGUAGCUCACAGCAGCAAGGAAGCGGAGAAACCGGUUUCCCCAACAGCCAGGAUAUGUUUGUCACCCUGGACCUGGAACCAGUAACCCCUGAACUCACCCAAGACCCUGAGGGCACACAGGGGACCUCUGCUGCAAAUGUUUCUCCUUCACAGAGGCUAGUGAACAUUAGAAAGAGAAAACGGAGGACGUGGGACGAUAUGUUCACGGAGCUCCAGAUGUCCUCCCACACUGAUAGAGCACAGCAGAAUGCGUGGAGGCAGUCAAUGUCAGACAUGAGAAAAGCACAAUAUGAACGAGAGGAGAGAGCCCAGAAGGAAGAUGAACAGUGA